CAUGACUCUGUUUAUCCUAUCUCUAAGAAUCAUUUUGAAUUUCCUUAGAGAACGCCUCGUGCAAGUGAUUUAAUUUAGAUUUUAAUUUUUAUUAUGGCCGAAAGAAAGUGUUUAAUAUGUGGGGCUUCUGAGUCAGAAGUCCAGAGAUUAUUUUGUUUUCCAUACAACCCUGCAAGGAAUGAGUUGUGGAUGCAAACUCUGGGUUUUAAAGCAUGUGCUGUAAGAAAGCAUCACAGAAUUUGCAACAACCAUUUCAGAAGGGAAGCUUUCACCGAUUCAAGUUUGCAGAAACUGAAUAGAAAUGCUCUUCCCAUGCCUUGGGUAAUCUCUUCUUCUGCAGCAAAUACAUUGGAAAGCAUGCCUUCCCUUAUUAAUGAGGAACAUGCUGGUACAUCAGGUAUAUCCACAUUCCCAGCGUCAGUUCUAGCUGAUGAGGUAGAACCUAACACUGAUGAGGAACAUGCUGCUGUAUCAAGUACUUCCACAUUCCCAUCAUCAGUUCCAGCUAAUGAGGGAAAAGCUUCUGUAACUGAAGAGAUACAUGCAGGUACAUCAAUUUCAUUAUCAGUUGCAGCUUACGUAUUCACUUUGGUCAGUGGAGGGCAACUGGACUCGGAAGCUGUCGCUACGGCAAACUUCAUCACGGAAGUGGACAUGCUGUUCGACAGCUUCAAUGGGAAAGCGGCUGUAGGUCCUUUUGGAAAGGAGCUGAGGGGACCUUUGAAGCUAGGCUCCCCUCACAUAAAAUUUUGGAAGGAGGAACAUGAGAAGGUGCAAAAUUGGCAGUUCAUGAGGUAUACAAAAAAUGGCAGAAUCCGAAAAUCUAUGCCACCUUCCCAAACAGGUUGGCUCCAAUCUAUAAAUGCGAUUCGAAUGAUCUGGAAAUAA